AUGUUGGCCGUGCAAGGCUCAGCGGGCGGUUACGAUACAUUUGACGUCGCGAUCGUCGGUGCAGGAAUAUCAGGUAUCAACACCGCGUACCGGAUUCAGUCCGGGCUUCCUGGAACCAGAUAUACCAUUUUCGAGGCACGGGAUAGCACUGGUGGUACAUGGGACUUCUUCAAAUAUCCAGGACUACGAUCGGACUCGGACCUCUUUACUUUUGGCUUCUCAUGGCGACCGUGGUUGGACACGAACCCGAUCGCAACGGCUCCGUCUAUUUUGAGUUAUCUGAAAGCAUCGGCUGUCACCGAAGGGAUUGAAAAACACGUCCAAUUAAACACCCGCGUGCAGAGCGCUAAAUGGUCCACGAAGACGCAGGUCUGGACACUCACUGUGGCUUCGGGGACGGUAACCAGAAGAGUCCAUGCAAAAUUUCUCGUCCUCGGUACUGGUUAUUAUGACUAUGAGAAGGCCUUGGAAGCCAACAUCCCCAAUCUCGACACGUUCACCGGAAGAGUCGUUCAUCCCCAGUUCUGGCCCAGUGACCUGGACUGUACGGACAAGAGUGUCGUCUGCGUCGGUAGCGGCGCCACAGCCGUCACACUUGUACCAGUACUGGCCUCGCAAUCUGCCAGCGUCACAAUGCUUCAACGAAGCCCUUCAUAUGUCGUUUCACUACCGAAUCCUCGCUCGGCAUCCUUACUCCUCAGAUGGCUACCCCGGCGACUGUCCUACACGCUGAACAGGCUCUACUUCAUGAUUAUGCCCAUGGUAUUCUACUACUUCUGCCGGAUGUUCCCCAAGACGUCGCGCAACAUGAUCCGUGACAAUGCCGCCAAACAGCUACCCGAAAACUAUCCAGUGGACCCGCACUUCACACCUCGCUACAAUCCGUUCGAUCAACGGGUGUGUUUUGCACCGGACGGUGACUUUUACGCCGCCAUCCACAGCGGUCGCGCCGCUGUGGUUACCGACUCCAUCGAAACAGUCGUCGAGGAUGGUCUCAUCCUGAAAAGUGGUGGCAAGGUAUCGGCCGACAUCAUCAUCACAGCCACGGGGCUCAAACUACAGCUUGGAGGAGGAAUCAAACUGACGGUGGACGGGACCCCUGUCAAAUUUGGAGAUAAAUUUACCUGGCACCACGCAAUGCUGCAGGAUGUGCCCAAUGCCGUGCUGAUCAUGGGCUACACUAUGGCGUCGUGGACGCUGGGUGCCGACGCGACUGCAUUUCUACUUUGUCGACUCCUGAAAGGGAUGCGCAAACACGGUCUGAGUAGUAUCGUCCCGCGAAUGCCCGAUACCGAAACUCCAAAGGCACAUCCUCUCAUGGAUCUCACGUCGACUUACGUCCAGGCUGCAACAAAAGAUCUUCCGAAAACUGGUGAAUUUGGGCCGUGGAGACGAAGGGCGAACUAUUUCAAAGACUAUCUUAGAGUUAAUUAUGGAGAUGUAUCUCAAGGUCUGGAGUUUUGGCAGGGGGACGGACCGGUGACAGGUGUCAGAUUGUAG